AUGGCAGUUCUGGAUCAUAUCUGCAAAGUUGUAUCAAAUCAUCCACCACCUUCAGCAAAAUUUGCUCUGGCUAAAUCCCUUGAAAGAGUAUUAAAAGGAAGGCAGGACCUCCAUAGUAAAAAACUGGUCGACUGGUCCAUGGGAGAGGCCUGCGCAUUUGGUGCCUUUUUAAAAGAAGGUAUUCCAAUACGAAUGACGGGUGAAGAUGUUGAAAGAGGAACUUUUUCACAUAGGCAUCAUGUUUAUCACCAUCAAGACGUAGCAAAUGAAACAUAUUGUCCAUUGCAGCACAUUUACCCAGACCAAGCCUCUUACACCGUCUGCAACAGUUCCCUAGCCGAAUAUGCUGUAAUGGGUUAUGAACAUGGAUACUCCUUUGUAAAUCCUAAUGCUAUCGUCAUCUGGGAAGCUCAAUUCGGCGACUUUUCCAAUACCGCUCAGCCUAUUUUCGAUCAAAUGGUGUCCAGUUCGGAAGAUAAGUGGGCGCGACAGUCUGGAUUCAUAGUACAAUUGCCCCAUGGAAUGGAAGGUGCUGGUCCAGAACACUCUAGUUGUCGACCAGAAAGAUUGUUAGACAUGGCGUCGGAAGAUCCAGAUGAGAUGCCAAAGGAAGGAGAAACUCUUCUUGAGCAGUUGAAGAGAAUCAACUGGAUAGUCACAUACUGCAGCGUACCUGCUAAUCAUUUCCACGCAAUUAGACGACAGAUGGCAUUGCCAUUUAGAAAACCAUUGAUGAUGAUGACACCAAAAGCUUUGCUGAGGCAUCCCGAAGCAAGAAGCUCUUUGGAUGAUAUGAAAGAAGGUUCAGAAUUCCGAAGAGUAAUUCCAGACGAUGAGAAAAAACCCAGUGAAGUGCAAAAAAUCCUGUUUUGUUCUGGAAAAGUAUUUUACGAUGUAAGGGAAGCUCUUAGGAAAAUGAAAGUUGAUUCUAAAAUCGCCAUGAUUCGUAUAGAACAACUGGCGCCUUUUCCAUUUGAUCUGGUCAAGAAAGAGCUUCAGAAAUACCCUAAAGCGAAAGUGUGUUGGUUACAAGAAGAACAUAAAAACCAAGGGUUCUGGGAUCAUAUGGAACCUCGUUUAAGGACGAUAUUGAGAUCGUUAAAAGAUUCUAGAGAUGUUUCGUAUGUAGGAAGAGCUGUUUCCUCCUCUCCAGCCACUGGCUUUAGAUACAGGCAUCUAGCUGAGGUUAAAAAAUUGCAUGAAGAUGCUGCGAGACUUUAG